AUGAGCAACCUCAUCUCCUGUGUAUCAUGGGUAAAACGAGGCAUUUCAGCUCACCAGCCCUCCAAAUACGUCCUCGAUGAGAAGGAACUCGAGCGCGUCAGUACACUUGCACGUAUCGAGCUUGAGGAUGCGCGGAUAGAAAUGGAGCGCGCGCACAAUGCUGCUAAUAUCAUGGGCAAGGGCGCGGAAGGUGCUGAGGCAGAUGAUGCGGAUGAGGAUGAGGAUGGUGAUGAAGAUUCAUGGGUCGACGAGGAGGAUGCGUCGAUGGAGGUGGACGGGGAUGUACAGGUUGGUGUGCUUGAAAAGGGGGAUGGUCUUGCGCAGUAUAAGUUGGAUGAAUAUGAUGUCAAAGAAGAUGGCACGGGUCCAUUUAGCAAUAUUAAAGGACUUAUAUUUUAUAGGGAUAACCAAGACGAUCCAUACAUCACACUCAAAGACGUGCGAACUCGAAAUCCUCCCAACAGACAACCUCCUAGUCACCGCAAAACCGAAGACGAUGUUUCUCAACUCGAGAUCUACGUUUACGACGAAUCUCAAGACAAUCUCUACGUCCACCACGACCUCAUGCUCCCAAACUUCCCCCUCUGCCUCGAAUGGCUAGACUUCCCACCUACAUCCUCAGAAAUGGAGACUGACGCCCCACCAAAAUUCGGAAACUAUAUUGCAGUCGACGGCCGUCCUGGAGGGGGUGGACAAGCACCAUUUGGUUAUGUCACGAGAGAUUCAUGCCCCGACGCUGAUAAUGCAGACGAUACACUGCACACCCCGUUGCCCAACUACGAUGUUCCAUUCUAUGUUGGCUCAAUCUCCCCUAAUGUGACGGCCGACACACCUAUCGAUGUUGUCUUCCUAAACUUCCUUGGAAAGGAGAUUAUCGGCAUCCUCAACAGCUUACAGAAGGAUAAGACUUACACUAUGCAUGAUGUUUCAUCGAAUAGUCCGACACUGGCUAGCGAUAUACUGGGUCUGUAUGCUCAGGGCAUGUGGAACUGA